GUUUCUGUUACUUGCCGCAAUUCCAUUUACUCUCUCUUUCUCUUUCUUUUAUUUGUUCUUCUUGACUUUCGUUCGUCUGUCUUUUCUUUUCCUUUUUUCUCCUGUUCUAGUUUUGUUUGGAUUUGCCUCAUCGACGGCAGAUCGACCUGCGUCUCCGGCGCUGCCAUGGCACCCAGGAUCAAAGAUGGGGAUGCUGUCGUAGCGAUCAACGGAAAAUGGAUCACCUGGACGCAUACGGUGUUUGCCUACCUGGCCUUUUUCAGCGCCUUGAUAGUGGGAAUGUCGCUGCACUUCAGGAAGAUCGUCCAGAACGAACACUACGGCUACCCCGAUGAAUGGUUCCCGUCCGUCUCCGCCACCAUUGGCGACAGAUAUCCCGAACGAUCCUUCUUCCAGGUCUUCAUCGCCAUUACCUCCGGUCCCCGUUUCGCCCUCGUGUUCCUCUGGUAUAUCCUGACCUCGCGUCCCAAGUCGACCCUGCCGAAGGUGGUCGCGGGUGUCGGUUUGUUCCGGACGUUUACCUGCGGAGGUUGGACCUACGUGACUUCAACCGAUGACCAUGACUGGCAUGAUAUCUUCAUGAUCUCCUAUCUGGUUGCGACGCUGCCGUGGACUCUGGGCUGCCUUGCCUUGAGCCAGAACCGCCGCGCGGCCAAGUACCGCAAGGUCAUGGCCAGUUUGUUCUUCGGAACCCUGGUGCCGUUGAUUUACUUCUUUAUUCAGCACAAGGUUCAUAAGGUUGCCGGAGCCUACACGAGAUACGCAUUCUUCGAAUGGUCCCUCAUUCUGUUCGACGUUGGCUUUGAUGCAGUCACUGCGCUUGACUUUGAGGCGUUUGAGAUCGUGGUCAGGGACGUGAAAGGGGUCAGCAGAGGGCAGUUGAAAACUACUGCGGACUCCGUCCUUGAAAAAGAGAAGGGCAAGCCUGUGGGCAACACCUUCGGUCAGGGUUUCUCCUGGGGCGAAGUCGCCGACGCCGCCGCUGAUGUUUAUAACGGGUUCGUUUUCUGGAGCAUGUGCACGGCACUGCCUGUCCUUGUCUGGUACUUCCCCCUGUGGCACAUGGGUAUCUCCGGAUAUGAAGUGGCCAUUGUUGCCUAUGCGGCCCCCCUCUUCCUGGCAAUCCCGGCCUUGAGGUCCGCUGUCAUCCGGAGUCCUCGUGUCUUCCAGUUCCUCGCCGUCUCUGGACUUUUCGCCUACAAGACCCAGGAUCCCGCCAACCGAUUGUUCCUGACUAUCUUCUCCCUCUCGUGCACGCUGAUCACGUGGGCUGCUACUUUGUACGCCGAGAGAGCCAACAGCGCGCGGUUGGAGACCCGGAUCUUCGGGUGGGGUCUUGGAUUGAUCAUGUCAACCGUCUCCAAGUUCGCAUUCCGAACUAACAACCCGGUGUGGCCUAUCAUGCAUGCCGAAAAUGGUGGCUGGAACAAGGUUGGCAUUGCACUGGCCAUCUUGGCUGCUCUCCGAUCUUACCGACAGCCUUCCGUCAGCGGAGGGGACUACUUCCCGUCCAGCGGCAAGAAAGGAUCUGGGGCGUUGGCCGGUCUGGGUGUCGGCGGCCUUUUCUUUACGAUGCUCUCUCUCCUGACCGAAUCCAGCACCAUGAUCGCUUGGGUCUGGGACGGCUUCCCCGUGCGUGGCCCUAUUGCCGCCCCUCACGGCGCACUGGUCAUCUUUGUCAUGGGUGCCGGACUUGUGUUCGGUCUCUAUUAUCCCCGUGUCGCGGGAAGCUGGACCGCGUUUGGGAUCGGCUCGCUGGGUGCAGCUUUCCUCACCUGCUAUAGUCACUGGGCCGGAUUCUACGGUGCUCUUACUCUCGGUUUCUACACCAUGGCAGUGACGCCAGUCCUGCUCGGAUCGGCUGUCCGUCAUCCUCCUGCCACCUCCUUCGGCAUUGGCGGCGUCUUCAUGAUCUUCAUGAUUCUGUUCCACGUGUGGGUUGUCGCUUACGCCUUCGUUCCGGGUGGACCCCUAGUCAGGGAGCGCACGGACUGGCUCAUGAUUACGAACAUGCUGAGCAUCGGCGCCGGUGUUUUCUCGGCCGCCGUCUCCAACUCGUCCGCCCCGAAGCACAAGCCCAUCAGCCCUAAUGGUCGCAAGCAGCGGUCGUACUACAUCUACAUCCUCGCCGUCCUGCAACUGAUUGCCGUCGCCGUGGCAUAUCUGCGUUUCCCGACCAACAACUACACGCCCUACCAUCCCGAGGACAAGGUCGCCACGAUGGGUAUCUGGACCGUCCAUUUCGGCCUGGACAACGACAUGUGGGCCUCGGAGCGCCGCAUGCGCGAUGUGAUCCAGGAGUUGGAGCUCGACGUCAUUGGCCUCCUCGAGUCCGAUAACCAGCGCAUCAUCAUGGGCAACCGUGAUGUCACGCAGACCCUGGCCGAGGACCUGGGCAUGUACGCCGACUACGGCCCAGGGCCGAACAAGCACACGUGGGGUUCAGCCCUGCUGUCCAAGUUCCCGAUCGUCAACUCCACUCACCACCUGCUCCCUUCGCCCGUGGGUGAACUCGCCCCGGCCAUCAGUGCCACUCUGGACAUGUACGGGGAGAUGGUCGACGUCGUUGUCUUCCACUCCGGCCAGGAAGAAGACCCCGAAGACCGCCGUCUCCAGACGGAGUAUCUUUCGAACCUGAUGGGCUCGUCUUCCCGCCCUAUGGUCCUGCUGAGUUACCUCGUCACCAAGCCGCUCGAAGGCAACUACAACACCUACGUCAGCGAUAUCAGCGGCAUGAAGGACAUCGAUCACACCGAUUGGGACCGCUGGUGCGAGUACAUUCUCUACAAGAACCUGAAGAGAACAGGCUACGCGCGUAUCAGCCGCGAUUCGAUCACGGACACCGAGAUCCAGGUCGGCAAAUUCGUCGUCGGACAGCCCGAAUCAGAGGAAGAGAUGAUGAUCCCGGAGGAAAUGGUCCCCGAGGGCCUUCGCUUCCCGCAACUGUUCCGGGGCCAGGGCGUUCGUGGCCACCGCUACCACGUCUUCGACGAGCCGAGAUACUGGCAAUGAGACAGGAAUACACUGAUGUCCCCCGUAUCUAUUGGCAAGUUUGGCCGCGCCUAGGUCUUUUUUUCUUUUUUGGUGACGCAUGCUCUAUGUUUUGUCUAAUUAUAUCCUAUCCUUUCCUUUUUGUUGCGGAGCAUUUUCUGCAUGGGUUUGCAUUCGUCGCUCGCUGCCCUUCUUAUGGUUGGUUGGGCUGCUCUUGAGUGGUUUCCGUGAUGAUCAUAUCUUGUGUAUUAAAUGUGCAAAUAAUUUCUGUUUUGAUC